UUCUAGUUCUAGUCUCCUUGGAUGUUAAGUCAUUUAGGUAUUAAAGAUUUUUAUCAAAUUCAGAUAUUCGAGUCGAUACAAUCGUUGCUAAAUAUUCUAAUGAAACUUCGUAAUACACAUCAAGUCAUCAAAGUAGAAUUAUAGAUGUCCAUAAAAAGGGAAAAAUCAGAACGUUCCUUACUUAACCCUUCUACGACACGUAUGACUGUAUUCCAGUACACGCGAACGAUUCAUGCAUUCUUGCAAAACUCGCCAACCUCUAACCAAUCAGGCGAUUAUUAGUAAUCAAUGAACCGCAUCGCCAGGGCACCCUUUCCCUUAUCAAUGUUAGCUGUAUUUGUUUAUUUUUGUACCUACUCUUCUCCAACACGUUUCCGACCGAUUUCUUGUGGGGUUUUGAAUUUUGAUUCCGGUUCGCCGCUCUGUGGGUUCAUUCUGCGUAUCUGGAACGCAUCGAGCGAGAAUGCUUGGACGAGAAUACAGCCGAUCAAAUCGCUCGGAGUCAUUUCCGUUCGUUUCGUUAGCAUACAUUGGGAAACAGUGCCGAGCACUGUCGACGCCGGAAUGGAAUUUAUUGAUGAUAAGCGAUCAUACGCACUCUAACAUUGCGUAAAUGGGAGCAAUGUUGGUGGCAGAUUUGCACGUAUGUACCAUAUGAGACUUUGGAUGAUCGCGUCCGCGAUGAUCAUCGAUCGCACUGCUGUUGGGCAUUUGAUCGUUUCUGUAUGCUGUAACUUGUUUGCUCGCGAUAAGAUGCAGCCGAAGUUUUCGGUGGUCCCCUUGGAACUUUAGAGGUCAGAAGAAUCUAGCCAAAAUACAACCGGUCGUCUCGGGCAGAAUUGUCACAGGUAUAAAAGAUGAUGUUAGAAUGCAAAACAACAGUACUCAUCAUCUGUUCUUCAAUUAGCAAACAUCUCUUACGUACAAUACGCACAGUUGACGGUUGCACAAUGCGGUUUACGUUCGUUUUGCUGGUAGUGCUACUAGCAGGAGUAACGCUGUCAUCUGCCAAACCACUGAUUUUAACGAAAAAAUUCCUGCGUUAUGUCCUGCCCACGAUAACAGCCAAAGUGGCCGGUCUUUCCGGCCUAAGUGGACUUACUGGUCUCACUGGUCUUACAGGAUUGACCGGACAUAGCGGUAAACUAGGUGGCGCCAAGAAAACAGAGUCGAUCGGUUCGGUGUAUUUGCCGAAUCGAGUGUACUCAUUCCUGUUCCCCAAGGAUUCGAUCGACCCACCAGCGUCUGUUGUGUACCACUCCUUGGAGGAUUACUGCGUUCCGGAUCCGUUUGCUCCGGUUCCAGUCCCACCACCGCCACCACCACCAGGAGUAGUACCCUUCCCGCCUCCAGUAGCUUACCCACCACCCCCACUGGUCUACCCUGCACCGCUUCCAGCACCUCUAGCCGUUGCUCUGCCCCCACCACCACCACCAGCAGUACUUCCCGCAGCAGUAGGACAAGGCUGGGAGCAACCCGUUUCAGCACCAGUGGGACAGAGCUGGGAGCAGGACAAUGCCCAAACCACGGUGAACGUGCAAACUCCCCUCGGUGGACCAACCUCGGUCUACGUUGCCGAAACGCCAGCCGGACGGCACGAGGCUCCUCUUCCGGGCUACAGCAGCUCAGUGGUUGCCUCGAACACAGCCCCAGCUCCCGGUACGGCACCGUACUAAACAGUAAGCGAACACAAAAUGCUAGCCAAAUUGCCUCCGCAUGACGCAGCUGCCAGUGCAACCGCGAACGGAGUUAUUGUACGAAGUAAAUUAUUCUAGCCAAUUGCACAAUAUUAGGACGAAUUAUAGCACAUUUGAGACUUUUGAAAUGAAGAAAUGGUUCAACAUUAGGAAAGAAAUCCUUACAAUAAGGGGAUGACUACCGAACCAUGAUAAAAACCAGAUCAACUAGAUCGAAUCGAUUGGUUUAUAUUUGGUACUCGAUUUUAUAACAUCUCAUCCAGUUGAUUGUGUUCAAACUUUCAGUUCUCUGAAAGUUUUUCUACAGAAUCAUACACAGUAGCGAAAAGACCAUUACACCAAACAGUCGAAAGUUCAUCACAUAAAAGUUAGGGAAUGCAACAGGUAAAAAUAGGUAACACGAUUGUGAUCCAAAAUUUGAAGCAUUCUAAGAACAAUAAGUUAAGUAUCAUGUUUGAAUA